CACUACUCACCAAAGCAGUGCAACAACAUGUAAGAACUGAACUGUGGUUUCUGUGCUGGUGGAAGAUGGCAGUUAGGACAUUCUGGGCAGCAGUGUUGAUGACAUAUGGAGUGUCCAUGGGAAUUGCAAAGACCUCUGCAGAACCUGGGUUGAAAGUUCCACUGGAUUUGGCUCUAAACGCUGUUGAUGACAUGUACACUGGUUGCAAAGACAAGAUGGAGUACAGAGUGAAGAAGGAGUACCUGGACAAUGAGAAAAACAAAGACAAGAAUUUCACCCUGGCCUGGGGCGAAGCAGAAAAAUACUACAACAAAAAAUGGCAUAAAAAGGGAAAGCGACCUUCCACCUCCCUGGGAAAAGAACAGAUCCUGGCUAUUUAUGUUUAUACCCUUGACAAACCAAAAGUCUAUCUUGAUUUCAAUGAUGCAGUUCGAACCCAGAGAUCUCAGUACAGGACCACAUUUAGAUAUCACACUCUUCACUAUUUCCUGACUGACGCCCUCCAAACUCUCAACACUCGCAAACCUGAAGAGGAAAGAUGUCUCACUGGCUACCGCAGAGUCAACAGCUACUUUAGUCAAAAUGUUCUCAACAAGGUGGUUCGCUUUGGCUCUUUUACCUCCAGCUCAAUGGGUUGGUACCCCAGCGCUGAAAGAUUUGGAGACAAGUCAUGCUUUGAGAUUUUCACAUGCCUGGGGGCAGAUGUGUCUCUGUACUCUAAGCUCGGGGAGGCAGAGAGAGAAGUCCUGAUUCCACCGUAUGAGGUCUUUAAAGUGACAAAGAUUAAGAGGAGAUCUGAUCAGAAGAGUCUUCCAUGUGAGGUGGUCUACAAAGUCAAAAGUACAGGAACGAGCCUUUCCAAUUUGAAUUGUGCUCUGUUCAAGCAGGCUCAUACAUUUAAAAUAUAAUGUGAUGAAUCUAAACAGCAUCAGAUUAGCGAUUUUGCAUACUUAAAAUUCAUUUGGAUGUUACUGAAAU